AUGGUUCGUGUAAUAACUCAAGAGACGUACGAUGAAGUCGUGAAGGAAAACAUCGACGAGUUUGAAAUGACCCCCGAAGAAGCUAUCAAAGAGGCAGUUGCUCAAUUUGAGGCACAGGGAGUAGACCUAUCAAACAUAAUAAAAGACCUGGCUCUUGGUUCCGGAGACAAUCACGUGGUAACAGAGAAUGUUGCGAGGUUGAAGGAACUGUGCAGCGGUGAUAAAUAUGAUCAUGAUGCUGUUUUGAAGGAAUUAAGCGUUUUAAAGGCAGAAUGUGAAAAGGAUAUUGCCCGUAGAGUCCGUGCAGGCAAAGAGGGUGCAUACAAGGUGUUAUUGGACCUCCUUUACUCCAAGUACAGUAAGCUCUGCCAAGAACUGAGUGACCAUGAUGCAAAGUUCAUUAUCAAUGUUCUGGAAACGAUAACCGCAUUGAUGGAAAUGCAGCCUGAUUUGCUAGAUAGUAAGGGCGUGGACUUGAUUAAAAAUAUUCUAGAUAAUGUUGAAAACGAAGAUAUUUUGGUAGCUACAUUGAAAUGGACGACAACAUGCUGUGUCAAACAUGAAAUGAACAGACAAAAACUGUUUGCUAAGAACAUCGCUGAGAAUCUCAAAUUGUUGCUUAAAGUCACUGGAAAUUAUAAGUUACUAAGUGACACACUACAAGUGAUCAGGAAACUGACACUAGACGAUGAUGUUCGCGUCGAGUUCGGUAAGGCACACGACCACGCCAAGGAGUUGGGAGCGCAAAUGUUGGAGCCACUCACUAAUUUGUUGAAAGAGAACACAAAACCUCCACUAGUAUCGGAGCUAAUGUUGACUAUAGCGAGUCUCCUGGUGCGCCACGAGCUCUGCAAGAUGGUGGCGGACUGCGGAGUCGAUGUUCUGUUCACAGUGCUCGCGGAUAACUAUGAUAAUGUUACCGUAGUGCAACAAGCUGAUAAAUUAAUAACAGCUUUAGCAGGACACGAUGAUGUCAAAAGAGAUCUGGUGAAAAGCGGUAUUGUUCCAGUUGUAGUCUCCAUACUGUCCAGGCAUUCAAGUAAUGCGAACGCAACAGCGUUAACACUAAAAUGUAUAGCGGCGCUGUGUCUCCGCGAGCCGACACAUGGACAACAGUUUAUAGACAGCGACGCGCCAGAAGCCAUAGUGGAAUGUAUGAAAGUGCAUCCUGAUAAUGCUAAUGUUCAGAAAAACGCUUGCUGGGCCAUUCGCAACAUGGUAGCAAGAUGUCGCGGCCAGAACGUGAAAUUCCACGAGUUGGGAGUCGAAGCUAUAUUAAACGCAGCCUACGAUAAAUUCGCGAGUGAUUUCGGUUUCGACAUCAAGUCUGCUUUAAGAGAUUUGGAGUGUGAUGUGAAGUUGGAUGAGCAGUGGACUGGACAAGGAGUGCAGUUGGAACAUUGA